AUGGCGUCCGACGUCUUUUUCAAUCGUGUUCCUUAUACGCAGCGUCGCUUACCAACACAUGAGCUGGUCACAUCCGCAUCCGGCUCGAACAGCGUCACUUCAGCCGCUCCUGGCGUCCACGUACAAAGAGGGUCAGUAGGAACAAGUCUUCUAGGAGGUGCCCUCACCUUUCCUCCGCUAUACCUCGAUCCUGUCGAACCGCACACUGUUCAUGAUCCUGCUUCCUCCAGCCAGCACGCAUCCCAGCCGGCCCAACAAACCGGCAACUUUGUCCUCGGCUCGACGUUCUACCACCAUCCGCAGCUCAACGCGCUCGUAUCCAAUCACCUCAUCGAUGCAUCUGCCAACGCUCCGGACGGAGUAUCCGGAACCGGCCACGCUUUUCUCAGCAGCAUCUUUGCCAAUCGACACGGCGGACCGCAUGAUGACGAUUCCGACGCAGAUGAGGUCGGCGGGACCAACGGUGCAGAGGCAGCUGUGGUUGUACCACGGCCCAAGAUCACCUCUGAAUUCGUUUCUCUAAACGAAGAUCUGGUUCCGGCAUCGUUGGAUAUGCACGGAGAUAUGCUGCCUGCCGAUCAACAUCCUUCCUAUCCGUUCGGCAAUCUUUUUGGCCCGCUAGGCGGAAUGAUUGCGGCGGACAGUGCCAUUGUUGGCGGUACGCAGUCCGUCGGCGUUGCUACAAAUCUCGGUGCUGGACUGGGAGACGCAGCCACGCUUGGUAUGGACUUUGGUGGUGGAUUGGAUGGCUUCAUCCACCUCGGUCAGAGCAGCCACGGCCGACGCAGCGCAGUGACCAAUGGGUGGAACAGCUUCAUCAACAAAGCUUCUCGCACCAAACUCGUUGGCUCGGCCUCAGCAAAUGCGGAAUGGAACGCCGACGCUCAUCAAUCUACGACAAGUGCAGCCAAGGACGAUCCGAACCGAACGUCGCAGGUGGAAAUCAUCAGAUCAGCGCGCAAACUCGAUCUCUCGCCGAGCCUGCUUUUUCGCACCAGUACAUCGACCGUUCUGGCUCCCCCGACGUGGCCGUUUCGUCGCUAUGGGCCUGGAGGCACGUCGUACGCAGCGCUUUUGAGACCAAGUUCGAACAUCUAUGGCACCAGUCCUGCCAGUCAAGCCGUAGCAGCCACAUUGGGUGGCUUACCGGCGUCGUCCAAGAUCUUGAAAGAGGUCUGGUCUGAUUUGGCACUGGAACAGCUUGUCCCUACCAAGAUUGGCGAAACGUCUGCAACACGGCAUCUCAACCGGGAAGAGGCGGAAGCGGACCAAGCUGAAGCAGCCGAUGCUCGUUCUGGCGAGAAACGUGGCAAGAAACGCGCUAGAACCGAUCCGGAGGCGGACGAGGUCUUUUCAAAACGCAUUGCGCGCAUCGAAGCGGACCCAUUAGAUCUCCUCGGUCCAAUAUCGCGCGAAAUUCGUGGACAAGCUGCACGACCGUGGGGUACCGCCACUUUGCGCGGUACGCAUCGUUCGCGGCGUCGUCGACCCUCGUACUCAGACGAGUCAGCCGAUUCUUCGGCCGAAGCAGAGUACGAUUCUGUCGAGACCGGCUUCGCCCAACGCGAUCAUGUUCGCUACUCGUUCGCGCUCCCACCAGCGCAAUUCAGCUGGACCGAAUCGACCGAACAAGAAGACCCGGACCACAACGAGCAAGUUUCGUCAACGGUGCAUGUGGAACCAGACGGAAUCGGUUGGUCGACCGCUAAGAGAAUCUUUGUCAAUGAAGAGAGGGACAGAGUGCUUCCAGAAGUGGCGUCGAGAGGGUCAGGAUUGGACGAGUAUCGUGUCAGAGGAUGGAGAAGUAACCAGGGUGUACUGCCGAGACCGGGAUGGACGUGGACCGAUGGUCCAAUGCACGAGGUCGAGCAAGCAGCGAACGUGAGCUUGGUCACUGAGAUGUCGGCAAGUACGUCGCAUCAGUCGAAUUCAGCGUCGCGCGAGCAUCAGACGCUUGACGAUCAGCACUCCGUCAGUGCUUCCGAAGCGGGUGCGGAGCUCGAUGAAGAGCGAAUCUGGGAGGGACAUGUGGAGGGCGAAGAUGCAGAAUUGCAGCGUGCGCUGUUGAUGCACUAUCAGCAGGAAAUGGCGCAUGCCGACGCUGAGGCAGAAUGUGCGUCGCAGCAGACACCUGAUGAAGAUGCGCAGCAGGAAGAGCAGCAGGAAGAUGUGGAAGGGGAUUUCGAGAACGAGCAAGAGGCGCCGGUGGAACACGAUGUGGAUGUGCAGGACGAGCAAGACGAACUGGCCGACGAAGACGUAGAGUCUUUCGAGGAGGAUUAG